UUGACCCCCCUCCCCCAUUCAGCUCUUUCGUCUUGUUCUCCGACAUGCAAAGCUUUGUUCAAGUUUUGUAAUAAAGAUCGAUUGGAAAUUAUACACAAAUUCAGUUGUUGGGGAGUUGAGUGAUGUGAUGGCAAUGUGCUUUUAAGCAAAUUCACAUGUCCAACUCAUUGGCUCUCUUCUCCUUUAUAAGGCUUUCAUCUCAUCUCCCCCAUCUCAACCCACAAACAAUUCCUCUCCUUCUUUGUUCUUUUUUUUUUUUUUAAUUCCUUUGAUGGAGUUGUUUUCUUUCUUACUGUUGCUUCCAGUCUUACUUGUUCUCUUAAAAAUUUGGAAGUGGGUUAACGACAAGAGAGACCAAGAAUGUUACAUUUUAGACUACCAAUGUUACAAACCAGCCGAUGACAGAAUGGUCGGGACCGAGUUCAGUGGGGAGGUGAUAAAAAGGAACAAGAACCUUGGACUCAACGAGUACAAGUUCUUGCUGAAAGCCAUUGUCAGCUCCGGCAUUGGUGAACAAACCUACGCCCCAAGAAUCAUGUUCUCCGGCAGAGAAGAGACCCCAACAUUGGCCGAUGGAAUCCUGGAAAUGGAAGAGUUUUUUCAAGACAGCAUAGGGAAGCUGUUGUCGAGGGCAGGUGUUUCCCCUCAUGAAAUCGAUCUCCUCGUUGUCAACGUCUCCAUGAUAACAGCACCACCUUGUUUGUCUUCUAGGAUCAUAAACCACUACAAGAUGAGGCAAGACAUCAAGUGUUUCAACUUAACGGGAAUGGGGUGUAGUGCGAGUUUGAUUUCUCUUGAUAUUGUUCGGAACGUGUUCAAAUCAUACAAGAACAAGUAUGCUUUGUUAGUAACAUCAGAGUCUUUGAGUCCAAAUUGGUAUGCAGGCAAUGAUAGAUCUAUGAUUCUUGCCAACUGUUUGUUCCGUUCGGGUGGGUGUGCCAUUCUUUUGACAAACAACAAGUCCUUGAAGCAUCGAGCAAUGUUCAAGUUGAAAUGCUUGGUGAGGACACAUCAUGGAGCCAGAGACGAGUCGUACAAUUGUUGCAUCCAAAGGGAAGAUGAGAUAGGAAAGGUGGGAUUUUAUCUAGGGAAAAACCUCCCUAAAGCUGCCACCCGUUCUUUUGUUGACAAUUUGAGGGUGAUAACCCCCAAGAUCCUGCCUGUUACCGAACUAGUUCGGUUCAUGGUAGUGUCACUGGUUAAGAAAUGGAACCGCCAUGGUUCAACCAAGGGAACCACGACUCAGGGACCUAUUAAAGCUGGGGUUAACUUCAAGAGUGGGGUGGACCAUUUCUGCAUCCACACAGGAGGGAAAGCAGUGAUUGAUGGGAUAGGGUUCAGCCUUGAUCUCACUGAAUAUGACCUUGAACCCGCAAGGAUGACCCUGCAUCGAUUUGGGAACACAUCAGCAAGCAGUCUUUGGUAUGUUUUAGCCUACAUGGAAGCCAAAAAGAGGUUGAAGAAAGGGGACAAAGUGUUGAUGAUAAGCUUUGGGGCUGGUUUUAAGUGCAACAGUUGUUUGUGGGAGAUUGUGAGGGAUUUAGAGGAUGGAAAUGUUUGGAAAGAUGAAAUUCAGAAUUACCCACCAAAAACAUUGGUUAAUCCUUACAUGGAGAAGUAUGGGUGGAUCAAGGAUGAAGAUCCAAGCACCUUCAAAAUCCCAGAAGACUAAACUCUACCAAGGUAAAAAAAAGAUAUCAUCAACAACAUCAAAACAAAAUAGGAUUAAUUUGAGUGCCAUUUUUUUCUCCCUUCAUCCCUUUAAUCACAUUCACUGUCUUUGAUUAUUAAAUUAAGUUUCUUUUAUACCAUCAAGUUCUUAGAUUGUUAAAUCCCAUGGUGGAUUCAUAACCAAUAAGGUGGGCAGCUUCUAAUGAUUUGAAAAGUUUGCCAUAUCCUAUAUUGGAGCUUGGGGUUUUCCUUUUUUAGUUGUUACGUUUUUACUUUUGGAUUUCGAGAGAAAUAGAAAAGAAUUUGGCUUA